GAAACAAAUGAUAUUGAAAUUGGACAGAGAGAGAGGUAGAUGAGACAUCAGAGCGCUCCAAAGAAGCACUUAGGCGUUACCGACAAUUGAGAGAAUUGAACCCCACGCCAGCGGUUGUGUUAUGUGUGUGUGUGUGUGUGUGGAUCAAGUGAAAGACUUCUCCCCAAGAAUAAAUGCACCUCCUUUAAUGCUUUUUCAGAUAAGGAUUGUCGUCUUACCACUCCAAGCGGCUAACCAUGUUUUUUCUUUGUCCUACACUCACACCCUCAAACAUGAUGAGUUUAAGAAUUCACAGCAAUUCAGAUAUGUGAUCUGAUGCGAUCAUUUUCUUCAAUUACAGUCUCUCUGUUUUUCCUCUCCUAGUCGUAGAGUUGUAGUUCAAGAGGCGUUUUUACUCGGACUCCAUUUUUACCAUCUUUUUUCUUGUAUAUUUCUGAGAGAUUUCGGCUGGUCUGAGACUCUGAGGGCAGAUUAAAGAUGGGCAUUCUGAGUUCGAUUUUGGGGUUUUGCGGUUUUGGAUUUGGAACUUCAAUUGGGCUUGUGAUCGGGUAUUACCUCUUCAUCUACUUCCAGCCAACUGACGUCAAGGAUCCUGGUAUUCGUCCUUUGGUUGAGCAAGAUUCAAAUACUUUGCAACGGCUGCUUCCGGAGAUACCCAUGUGGGUUAAAAAUCCAGACUAUGAUCGUGUUGACUGGCUUAAUAAAUUUAUUGAGCUUAUGUGGCCUUACCUGGACAAGGCAAUUUGCAAAACUGCAAGGACCAUAGCAAAGCCCAUUAUUGCUGAGCAAAUUCCAAAAUACAAAAUUGAUUCCGUUGAGUUUGAAGCACUUUCCUUGGGCUCCUUACCACCAACUUUUCAAGGAAUAAAAGUCUAUAUCACUGGUGAGAAGGAAUUGAUAAUGGAACUAUCAAUGAAGUGGGCAGGCAAUCCAAACAUCCUUGUUGCAGUUAAAGCAUUUGGGUUGAGAGCCACAGUUCAGGUGGUUGAUUUGCAAGUGUUUGCUUCUCCACGUAUCACCAUGAAGCCUUUGGUUCCAGCAUUUCCUUGUUUUUCAAAAAUUUUUGUGUCUCUAAUGGAGAAGCCACAUGUUGACUUUGGAUUAAAACUACUUGGCGCAGAUGCUAUGUCUAUUCCUGGCCUAUAUAGGUUUGUCCAGGAGCUUAUUAAAGAUCAAGUGGCAAACAUGUACCUAUGGCCCAAAGCCCUAGAAGUACCAAUCAUGGAUCCUACAAUGGCUAUGAGGAAACCUGUUGGAGUUCUCCAUGUAAAAGUUAUAAAGGCAAUAAAGCUUAGAAAGAAAGAUUUAUUAGGAGCAGCAGAUCCUUAUUUGAAACUCAAGCUCACUGAGGACAAGCUUCCUUCAAAGAAAACAGCUGUGAAACACAACAAUUUGAACCCAGAAUGGAAUCAAGAGUUUAAUUGGGUUGUCAGAGACCCAGGGACUCAAGCAUUAGAGGUUGUAGUUUAUGAUUGGGAAAAGAUUGGCAAACACGACAAAAUGGGUAUGAAUGUCAUUCCGCUAAAGGAUCUUACACCCGAUGAGCCUAAAGUUGUGACUGUUGACAUACUGAAAAACAUGGACGCAAAUGAUGCUCAAAAUGAGAAGUUACGUGGACAGCUUGUUGUGGAACUGAUCUAUAAACCCUUUAAGGAGGAUGAGAUGCCUAAAGAUGAUGAAGAUCCAAAUGCCAUACAAAAGGCUCCUGAAGGAACACCUGCAGGUGGUGGGGUGCUUGUAGUUUUAGUCCAUGAAGCUGAAGAUGUGGAAGGAAAGCACCACACUAACCCACAAGUGCGAAUACUCUUCAGAGGAGAGGAGAGAAGAACCAAGAUGAUCAAGAAAAAUCGUGAUCCAAGAUGGGAAGAGGAGUUUCAGUUUAUGUUAGACGAACCACCUAAAAGCGAUAGGCUUCAUGUUGAAGUAAUUAGCAUCUCCUCAAGGAUGGGCCUGUUGCAUCCCAAGGAAACUCUUGGAUAUGUGGAUAUAAACUUGGCGGAUGUUGUUAGCAAUAGAAGAAUCAAUGAAAAAUACCAUCUGAUUGACUCAAAGAAUGGACGGGUUCAAAUUGAGCUGCAGUGGAGAACAUCUUAGGUGAUUGCAGUAGAGAUUGGGUAGAAAUGGGUUAAAACCUGUCCAAGUUUUCUAGUUUUGUUUGCUUUCAAGUUCGUUGUACAAGUGAUAUAUGUUGCCAGAGUAGACAGUUUGUCUUUAGUUCGAAGAAGAAUUUAUUGUAAAUUCCAGAUUCGUUCAGAUCAUCUCCUGUGCGUUUAUGUGAUGCUUCGUAUCGAUUUCACCAUUUUACCCCUGCUAUUGACUUCACCCUGCCAGACAAUUUAAAUUAUAUUAAUGGGUAUAUUUCAUUUCAA